AUGGGUAAGGCCGCCAGUAACACAUCUCACGCUGUCCAAGCCGGUGACAAGGCCAUUAUCGUCUCUACAUGGCAACACAAAGUUAUUGACAUUUUGCCAUUGAACAAAUUUGGCGGUGUGUGCAGCUUUAACGGUGUCAAAGACGGUGAAGUACCUUUGAAUGACCGCUACUUGAACAAGGUCGCCGUGGUUGAAAACGGCAACUUCAAGGAACUUAGAGACGUUGUGGUCACUAGACAGGAGUAA